ACCAUUAACCUCCUCCUCCCCUUUCGAAAUUUCCUCCAUCAAAAAGCUCAUCGAAAACAGACUAACGGAUACCAAUACAUCUGAUGACGGACAAGAAAGAGAAGGCAGACGGGCCCGCUGCUGCCGAGAGUAAUCCUGAAAACGAGUUUGCGCUUAGUCUUACAAAAUAUAAUGAUGCUGCGGCGAUUUCUCACCGAGUCCUUGCAAAGGUCUGCCGACUUGCGAUUGACGGGGACGGGAAGACUAUAUUGAGCUUGUGCGAGGAGGGUGACAAGUUGUUGGAUGAGGAGUGUUCGAAGGUUUAUAAGGGAAAGAAAAUUUCCAAAGGGAUUGCUUUCCCCACGACUGUUUCUCCAAAUGAUAUCCUUACACCAUAUACUCCUUUGGCGACCGAUCCCGGGGAGAACGAGAUUGCUAUCAAGAAAGGUGAUGUUCUAAAGAUUCAACUUGGUGCUCAGCUAGGCGGUUAUCCUGCGAUUGUCGGGGACACGGUUAUCGUCGGUCAAGAUGCGGAGCUUACUGACGACCAGAAAAAUCUCCUCCAAGCAACCCACUAUUGCAAUGAGGCGCUAUUACGUCUUCUCCUCCCAUCCGAAAUUCACCCACUGACAACUCCCGAAAAGCCACACAGGCAACCUUCCGCCUACGAGAUAACCCAGAUUCUCAACAAGAUCGCUGCAGCCUACGAUUGCACUAUCGUCGAAUCCACCACCUCGUUUAAUUUUCUCCAAAAUGAGAUUGAGGGAAAGAAGCGCCUUGUGCUACAUCCCGGUGAAGGUAUGCCGAAGUCUGAGGGAGCACCUGAAGUUGGUGACAUCUGGGGUGUGGAAUUGGCUCUCAGCAAGGGUUCUGGUAAACUCAAGGAUAUUCCCGGAAAAAGGCCUACAUUGCACAAGAAGACAGACACAAAAGUUGGACUCAAACGCCAGACUUCAAAGGCUACUUUCACCGAGGUUAACAAGAAGUUUGGAAACUUCCCAUUUGGACUGAGGCAAUUAGAGGACGAGAGAACGGCAAAGAUGGGUAUUGUUGAAUGCGUUCGUUGCGGUGUUGUCAGACAGUUUGAGGUUCUCGGAGAGAAGGAUGGGUCAAUCACAUCAAGACUUUUCACCACCAUCGCAAUCACCAAAGCCGGAAUUAACAAGAUUGCUGCUCCUCCGGAGCCCGAGCUUGAAAAACUCAAAACAGACAAGUCUAUCGAGAACGCGGAAAUACUGGACUUCUUGAAGCUACCCCUCAACAAGUCAAAAAAGAAGAAGAAGCCCGCCGCCAAGAAGGAGGAAUGAUUUCCUCUCAACCUACCGGGGGAGGGGGAGAACUUGCAUAAAAAAAGGAAAAAAAAAAAAACAGGGUGGGGGAAGGAAGGCUAAUAUUGUUUCCCUUCUUUCUUUACCUUCUUAAGGUCUUGUUCUCUUGUUUUCCUUUCUCCUAUCUUCUCUGUUUCGCCUGAAACCAACGAGAAAGUUAAAUGCAAAAAAGCUCUCCUAUUUAA